AUGUACGUGGAUCACGCCUUCUCGAUUUCGGACGAGGAUAUCAUGAUGGGAACCUCCUACACCGUCAACAACAAACCCCCCAUCAAGGAGAUCGCCCUUGCCGUCUCUCUUCUCGUCUGCGGCGUCCUUGGCAUCAUCAUCGGUGCCCUCAUGGCCUACAACCAUGUCGGCGGCGACACUGCUCACGGGGUCUUCUUUGCAAUACUUGGAGUAAUCUUGUUCAUACCCGGUUCCUACUACACGCGGAUUGCGUAUUAUGCUUACAAGGGAUACAAAGGGUUCUCUUUCUCUAACAUACCCGCCGUGUAG